AUGCCUGAAGAAGAGCGAGCGUCGCGCCAGGCUGCACUUUACAAGGUUGUGACGACGCACACUUCUCAUACCUGGGCCGCUAUCCUCGUCAGAAUGUUACUCUCGCAGAUUGGAACCGAGAAUACGGCGCACCAGACGCCAUACAUGGACCAGAGCGCGCUCGAGACGGCGUACAAGACCGCCAAACGGCGAUUGCUCCUCUUUGAUUAUGACGGCACCCUUACGCCCAUCGUCAAAGUCCCCAGCAUGGCCGUCCCAUCCGAGGCGACGCUCCAGGCUCUGCAAAAGUUGUCCGAAGAUCCGAGGAAUUUGGUUUACAUUAUUUCCGGACGUGACAGUGGAUUCCUCGAGCAUCAUCUUGGACACUUGAAGAAUGUCGGCUUCUCGGCGGAACACGGAUCGUUUAUCCGCGAGCCUGGGACGACAAAAUGGACGAAUUUGACCGAGACGUUGGACAUGACUUGGAUGCAAGAGGUCGAGGAGCUGUUUGAGUAUUAUACCGAGAGGACGACGGGAAGCUUUGUCGAGAUGAAGAAGAGCUCGAUUACGUGGCAUUAUCGUGCGGCUGAUCCCGAGUGGGGAUCGUUCCAGUGCAAGCAAUGUCUCGACUUGUUGGAGAACAACUUGGUGGCCAAGAGGCCGAUUGAAGUCUUGGUUGGCAAGAAGAACCUCGAAGUCCGACCAAUUGCCGUCAACAAGGGCGAGAUUGUCAAGCGAAUCUUGUACAGGAACCCCAAUGCCGAGUUUGUCUUCUGCGCUGGUGACGACAAGACGGACGAAGACAUGUUCCGUGCUCUUUGUACGCUUUUCCCUGUCGGCACAACCCAAGGUGUCAUGCAGCCGCCCGAGUCUGCCAAACUGAUCGACGGCGAGGAAGCUACCAAAGACGCCGUGACACUCUCGCUCACGCAGCAAGGACUGUUUUCGACAACUGUGGGCCACCCAAGUAAGAAGACGCUCGCGGCCUGGCAUGUGACGUCUGCGGACGAAGUCGUAGAUGCGAUGCUCAAGCUUGUCGGUCUCCCGAUUCCGAAGCGGAUUCCAGUCCUUGGUGUGGAUACGCCAAUUCGCACGCCUGGUAUCGAGCACCCAAAUCCGCAUCUAUAA